UAUAACGGAAGUGACGAGUGACGUCGGCGAGAGGAACCGGAACCAGCUGCGUGCGUGGUGGAAAAAAAAAGCGCGGGAAUUCCAUAAAAAAAAUUAUCUCUCUGGGCCAUGGAGAUGUCAGACCUCCCCGACUGGGACUCUGACUGGGCGGUGGACGUGGACUGGGACCUCGUGGCGGAGGAGGCGACGCUGGGGGGGGUCCCCCCCCCUGCUACCGUGGGGGUCCCCCCCCCUGCUGCCGUGGGGGGUCCCCCCCCUGCCGUGGGGGGUCCCCCCCCUGCCGUGGGGGGUCCCCCCCCUGCCGUGGGGGGUCCCCCCCCUGCCGUGGACUUCCCGUUCCCCUUCGCUCCGUACGACAUCCAGCGGCAGUUCAUGUCGGCGCUGUACGACCUGCUGGAGUCUGGUGGCGUGGGAGUGUUCGAGAGUCCAACGGGGACGGGUAAAUCUCUGAGCCUGAUCUGUGGCUCUCUCAAGUGGCUCAGCGACUGGGAGGAGCGCAGGCGACUCCAGCUGGAGCUGGCUCUGGCCCCGCCCACCACCACCACCUCGGCCCCGCCCACCACCACCAGCUCGGCCCCGCCCACCACCACCUUGGCCCCGCCCCCCAGGGCUCAGGCGCCUGAUGAUUGGGUCGCUUCGUUCGUGCGGGGCAAAGCGGAGCGCGAACGCCUGGAGACACUCAAGGAGGAGGAGAGGAGGCGGGUGAGGAGGGAGGAGCGAGUGGCUGAGAUGCGCAGAGACCCACGGCUGCGGUUGCUGAGCAAGCGGAAGCGGGAAGAGGACCGGGACAUUGAGAGACUGAUGGCUCUGAGCAAGAGCGGUGACGGUGAUGACGGUGGUGGUGGCGGUGGUGGCGGUGGUGGCGGUGGAGGAGGUGGAGGAGGUGGCGGUGGAGGAGGUGGAGGAGGAGGUGGAGGCGACGCUGCGGACGAGGAGCUGAUUGUGGACGAGUACGAGAGCGACGAUGAGGAGAAGGCCGCAACGGAUCGUGGCUUUGAUGACGAUGAUGGUGAGGAUGGUGAGGAACCCCAUGUCACCAAGAUCUACUACUGCAGUCGGACUCACUCUCAGCUGGCUCAGUUCGUGCGCGAGCUCCAACGUAGCCCCUACGGAGCCAGCACGCGGCUCGUGAGCCUGGGCUCACGACAGACUCUGUGUGUGAACGCCGAGGUGCGGAGGCUGCGCUCUCUCCAGGCCAUCAACGAACGCUGCCUGGAGCUGCAGAGGAACAAACCACGUGAGACACGGGCACCUCAGGAAGAGGGGUGUUUGAGCGAUAAGAAGAGGAGGAGGAGGAGGAGAGGCGGUGGUGCCGCGGUGAGCGGCCCCUGCCCCUACCGGGCCCCCAGCUCGGUGUGGGAAGUUUCCCAGGCGGCGCUGUCUCGCCCCGCCGACAUUGAGGAGCUCGCCGCUCUCGGGAAGCGCCUGGGAGGCUGCCCUUACUACGGAGGCAGGGCAGCCCUGCCAUCGGCGGAGGUGGUGGUGCUGCCCUACCACACGCUGCUGAACGCGGCCGCGCGGCGAGCGGCGGGCGCCCGCCUGGCGGGGCAGGUGGUGGUGAUUGACGAAGCUCACAACCUGGUGGACACCAUCACGGACAUACACAGCGCCCGCGUCACCGGAUCUCAGCUGUGCUGUGCACACUCCCAGCUCACACAGUACCUGCAUCGCUACCGGAGUCGUCUCAAGGCUAAGAAUGUGAUGUACAUCAAGCAGAUCCUGUUUGUGCUGGACGGACUCGUGCAAACACUGGGUGGAAAAACCGGCGCCAACCCCAACCUCCAGACGCUGACCUCUCCAGGUACAGAGGUGAGGUCGAUCAAUGACUUCCUGUUCGCAGCGCAGAUUGACAACAUCAACUUGUUCAAGGUCCACCGCUACUGUGAGAAGAGCAAAGUCGGCCACAAGCUGCUUGGAUUUGUGGAGCGCUACAUGGAGCAGGGGAUGGGUCAAGUGGCGUCCCACUCCUCCACCUCGUCGCCAUCCACCUCGUCGCUCACCUCCUUCCUCACCUCCCUGCGGACUCCAGGGUCCCAGGCCAUUGGUGAGGCCGGCGGUGGUGAGGGUGGUGCUGCUGGUGGUGGUGAGGGUGGUGCUGGUGGUGGUGCUGGUGGUGGUGGUGGUGGUGAGGCUACCAGCCGGUCCUCACCACUCCUCCUGGUGCAGAGUUUUUUGUCGGGGCUCACCAACGCCAACACGGACGCACGUGUGGUGCUCACCCGGGAAGCCACGCUGGCGCCCUCCACCCUCAAGCUGCUGCUCCUCAACCCCGCGGUCCACUUUGCCGAGGUGCUGCGUGAGUGCCGUGCCGUCGUCAUCGCCGGCGGCACCAUGCAGCCGGUGUCUGAGCUGAAGCAGCAGCUGCUGCUGCCGUGCGGAGUGAGGCCGGAGCGCAUUGUCGAGUUCAGCUGCGGUCACGUGAUCCCCCCGGAGAACAUUCUACCCAUAAUCCUCAGCAGCGGCCCCACCGGCCAAACCUUCAACUUCACCUUCAGGAACCGCGACUCGCCCACCCUCGUGGAGGAGGCGGGUGUGACGCUGGUGCAAGUGUGCGCCGUCUGCCCAGGUGGGGUGGUGUGCUUCUUCCCGUCGUACGAGCUGCAGCGCACCAUGAGUCACAGCUGGCAGCACACCGGCGUUUGGCAACAGCUGAGCACUCACAAGAAGAUCUUUCAGGAGCCCAAGUCGGCCAGGGAGGUGGACAGCGUCCUGGCAGCUUACUCCUGCAGCGCAAACGCGGGAGCGUCAGCUGGAGGGGCGCUUCUCCUCGCCGUGGUUGGAGGCAAGAUGAGCGAGGGCAUCAACUUCUCAGACCACCUGGGCCGCUGCGUGGUGAUGGUGGGGAUGCCGUUCCCGAACGCUCGAAGCCCGGAGCUGCAGGAGAAGAUCGCCUACCUCACCUGUCACGUGCGAGGUGAGGGUGGGCGUGACGCUGGCAGCUCGCUCUGUGAGAACUUGUGUAUGAAGUCAGUGAACCAGUCCAUAGGCCGUGCGGUGCGUCACCGUGGUGACUAUGCAGCGGUGUUGCUGCUGGACCACCGCUACCGCUCUCACGGCUCUCAGCUGCCCGGCUGGCUGAGGGGCAGCGUCGUGGCGCCCCCAUCGCUGGCGGUCGCCAUCACCACUCUGCGCCAGUUCUUUGUGGACAGGAAAGCGGCGUCCACAAGCAGCAGCAGCUGCUGAUGAUGAUGCUGAUGAUGAUGCACCACCACGCCCGGCCGUCUUUGUCUUCCCAGUGACACACACAGAGGGUGGUGGUGUGGCCUG